CCAAAGGCUCUACAGUUUUUCACACGUACAAAACAACAACGCAAAUGUACAUGUUUUACAGAGGUUGGGGGAUUUAUCAAAAUUGUUUCUAGGGUUUCAGAAUUAGUGAAUUCGAAUGGCGUUGCUACGUAAAUUUUUACAUAAGAAGCCGCCCGAUGGACUUGUUUAUGUCUAUGAAAGCCUAUACGUCUUUGACUCCUGUUUCAGAAUUAAAACUUGGGAACAAGAAGAGUACAAAGCCUAUGUGGGCAACAUCAUAAGCCAAUUUCAAGAAACUUACCCUGAAUCUUCAGUCAUGAUUUUCAAUUUUCGUGAGGGAGAUACAGCAAGCAAGAUCCACCAAUUUUUAUCAGAAUACUUUAUUACUAUAAUGGACUACCCUUGGCACUAUGAAGGUUGCCCAUUGCUCUCAGUGGAGGUGAUACACCAUUUUCUUAAAUCAAGUGAAAGCUGGCUCUCACUUGGACAACAUAACAUUUUGCUAAUGCACUGUGAGGUUGGUGGUUGGCCAGUUUUGGCUUUCAUGUCGGCUGCUCUUCUACUUUACAGAAAACAAUACACUGCUGCAAAUAGGGCCCUGGAGAUGGUUUAUAAGCAGGCCCCAUCUGGUGUGUCUUCACAGUUGUUGUCACCAUUGAAUUCGUUGGCUUCUCAGUUGAGGUACUUACAGUUUGUGUUAAAGAGGAAUGCUGAUGAGCAAUGGCCUCCAGCAAAAAAACCACUCACAUUAGUUUGUGUGGUGAUGAGAAUGAUUCCUGAUUUUGAUGGAAAAGGGGGUUGUUGUCCUAUAUUUAGAAUUUAUGGGCGUGAUCCUUUGUUACAUGUUGAAAAAAGCUCUAAACUUCUUUUUUCAACCCCAAGGAGGAGUAAAAAUGUCUGCUCAUACAAUCAGGCGGAAAGUGAAGUGGUCAAAAUUGAUAUUAAUUGCCAUAUUCAAGGUGACGUUGUGCUGGAGUGUCUUAACUUGCAUGAUGAUGACAUGGCAAAGGAAGAUAUUAUGUAUCGUGCCAUGUUCAACACAGCGUUCAUCAAGUCAAAUACUUUAGUGCUUAAUCGUAAUGAAAUCGAUGUAUCUUGGCACAUUAAGGAUCAAUUUUCUAAAGACUUUAAAGUUGAGCUUCUUUUCUCGGAAAUGAACGCUACAGCUUCUACGGUUCCAGUAGAUUUGUCUUGUUUCGAAGAAGAGGGGCUACCAAUGGAAGCAUUUGCAAAGGUUCAAGAUAUGUUUAGUAGUGUGGAUUGGCUUGUACCUAAAAGUGAUGCGGCUUUGAAUAGGCUACAUAAUAUGGCUUUAUCUGAUAUUGUUAAUGAAAUGUUGGGGAUUCAAAGCAUUGAAUCUAGCAAUCUACUUCAAACACUUCCCAAAAAGAAUCAAGGCAAAGAAGGAACUCAAGUAUCUCAUACAAAGUCAAAGAGUUCAUUUCUUGGUGAUGAGAAGACCUCAUCUGGUAUUUUGGGGCCGAGAAGUGUUUCGCUUCCUAGACACUUACCAUCAUCAAAACAGUUACAAGCAUCAUUGGAUGGUGGUGCAAAAGCUUUUUCAUCUUUUAAAUCCAUGUCACCUCAUAUAAUCUUGACAUGUACACAUCCUUUUGUUUCUGACAAACUCGAGGCAUGUUUGCAUGAUGGUGGGGCAUCUUCUUUGCCUCCUUUUGUCCCAGCGUCCAGCCCACCACCUGGGCCGCCUCAACCGCCCCCAUCUGCUCCUCCAAAGAGUGAUGGAGGUGACAAACCUCCACCUGCACCACCACCAGCACCACCACCACCAGUGCAACCCCCACCGAAAUCAAACCCAGCCCCGCCGCCACCACCACCACGUAAAUCAGGUCCACCACCACCACCUCCUCCAGUUAAUGGAAACAAAGAAGGUGGUGCAGGUCCACCAUCUCCACCACCAGCUUCAAUAGGAGGCGGUGUAACUGCUCCAUCUCCACCGCCUCCUAUAAAUAAACCGCGUGUUUUAUCAAGGACAUCUGCUGUGAAAACUCAACCAGCAAAAAGGAUGAAGCCUUUACAUUGGUUAAAAAUAAAUAGAGUAGGACAAGGAAGCUUGUGGGCUGAAUCAGAAAAAUCUGGUGAAGCAGCAAGGGCACCAGAGAUUGAUAUGUCUGAACUUGAAACACUCUUCUCAGCAUCAAAUCCAAAUUCUGACAAGGCCACAAAAGCAAAAUCCAAAGCAGCUAAUAAACCUGAAAGAGUACAACUGAUUGAUCAUAGGCGGGCAUAUAACUGUGAAAUCAUGCUUUCAAAGGUGAAAUCACCAUUGCAUGAAUUGAUGGAACAUGUCCUUAAUUUGGAUGAAUCAGCAAUGGAUGUUGAUCAGGUGGAUAAGCUUAUAAAGUUUUGUCCUACAAAGGAGGAGAUGGAACUACUUAAGGGCUAUAAAGGAGAACAUGGAAUGUUGGGCAAAUGUGAACAGUUCUUCUUAGAGCUAAUGAAAGUUCCGCGUUCAGAAGCGAAGCUGAUUGUUUUUUCAUAUAAGAUACAGUUUAGUACACAGAUUUCAGAACUUAGCGAUAGCCUAAACGUUGUAUAUUUAUCAGUAGAACAGAUUAGGAGUUCUGUAAAGUUGAGGAGAGUCAUGCAGACAAUUCUUUCCCUUGGUAAUGCUUUGAACCAGGGAACUACAAGAGGUGCUGCUGUUGGGUUCAGAUUGGACAGCCUCUUAAAACUUAAUGAAACACGUGCCAGGAGCAAUAAAAUGACUCUCAUGCAUUAUCUUUGUAAGGUGCUUGCAGACAAACUGCCUGAACUUUUAGAUUUUUGCAAGGAACUUGGCAGCUUGGAACCUGCAUCAAAGAUACAACUAAAAAUCUUGGCAGAAGGUAUGCAAGCGAUUACAGAAGGACUAGAGAAAGUAGUCCAAGAAAAGAAAUUGUGUAAAAAAGAUGGACAUGGGUCUAAAAAAUUUCGGAAGUGUCUGAAAAAGUUUCUUGCUUCUGUGGAACCUGACGUGAGGUCCCUUGCCGCACUUUACUCUGGGGUGGGUAAAAGUGUGGAUGCUUUAAUUAUUUACUUUGGAGAAGACCCUGCCAAAUGCCCAUAUGAAAGAAUUGUUGAAACUUUGCUUAAGUUUGUGACAAUGUUUAAUCACGCCCAUGAUGAAAACUGCAAGCGGAUAGAGGCCCAUAAGAAGGCGGCACAGAAAGCAGCCGAACAAGAAAGAAGAAAGGCAGAAGAAAAAGAAAAGUCAAAAGUACAAAAUCAUUCCAAAAUGGAGUCAGAACUGAUAAGAAAUAAAACCCCUGUAGAAAGUGCCAAAUAAUUUUUUUUUUCUUAUCUAUAUAAUUAAAAAAUUGUGGAAAAAUAGAAGUGGUUUCUGGUUGCAGCAGCCAGUGCAUGUGUUCCAGCCUUCUUUGCUGAAAAAAAUGGUAAUGAUCUGGUGUUGUUUGAUAGAGAAGGGUUCCCAUGGUUAAUUUCUGCAAUGUAAAAUUGUAUAAUACCCAUAGUUUUUUUGCUGCAACUGAUAGUGCUGGAAACUCACCAGAAAGCGAAGAGAAAUGGGUGUGAGUAAUUUUUUGCAGUUGGCAUCUUGUAAAUGUAUAGGAACCUUAGCGUUGCAGCUGAGACAUUAAGAUGUAGAAAAUUUGUAAUAGUUUAGUUUGAUAGCAUCCUAGAUCUCACCAAUUUUGUAGAAAAUUACAGUUAAAUCUAAAUAGAUUUUGUAGCU